AGCUAAAUCACCUGGCCAAAUCGAAACUUCUGUCAUGGAAGAAAUCGUUCAACGUCGUCGUGAAGCCGCUGAAGCAGCGGCCAAUGCAAAAUCAACCGACCAUAAACCAUUAGAAAACAAGUCCAACACAGGUUUUACAUCACCUGUGGAUAACAUGAACAACAAGAAGAAAAGUAAAGUGGUAUCCGAUGGAAUUAUAGCGAUUGGUAGAAACGCGUAUUGUGAAGUGCUUUGCGCAUUAGGCAAGGGAUGAGAUGAUAUUCUUGCUGUGUUUGUAGAGG